CGUUGAUCUCUAGGUUCUUGAUAUUCAUCAGAAUUUGGACGAGCAUGGCAGAGAAACCGGAGUACAGCAUCGAAUCCAGUGGUACAACAUUUUUGUUGGUGGACGAAGACAUUCAUAUCGACCCUACGAAAGCUAAUCGUAGCAUAAAUGUCACAGGCAUUCCUAAGGGAACUAAUGCAGAAGACCUUGUUAUUCACUUUCAACGUACUGGGAAUGGCGGAAGCGAUGUCGAUGAAAUUGUAAUGAAUAAACAAGGAUCUGCAGUGAUAACAUUCGACAAAGCUGAAGGUAAGAUGUCUGUGGCAAACUGUAGGGUUUUCGUAAGGUUACGACCCACUUUUUUUUUCAAAUUAAUUGUUUCUGUUUGGUCCUUCGAAAUGAAAUGUUAGAUGGUGAUUAUAUUUGCAUAUUUGCCCGCAAAACGAAAGUGUUGGAGAAGAGACUAUUUUGGGAGAAGAGGCUUAAAUUUUACAUGGAAUUUAAGGGGAGAUAUGAGAACGCUGGCAGUCGCAAUCUUAAAAUUAAGUUGCGAAACAAAAUUUCACAGUAGAUGCUGGUUACGAAUUCUUCGUUGGGUGGAUGAUUGAAUUUUUGACAGUAUUGGUUAUGAAUCUAAACCUGCUGGACACGAUGCUUCUUUCGGGCUGGUCUUUGUACAAACUUGAUUCAUAAUAUCAACAUGCCCCCUCCCCCAGAGAAAAGCAUCUGAUAUGAUUUGAAGCAAGGAAAGAUUACACUGAAGCUGAUUAUCACUUAGUAGAUGUAGAAUUUGUUAAAUAUUUGAUACUUUUUUUCCAUGAAAGUAAAUAAUCUAUCUAUUGGUUUAUUUAACUACGAAUGGGCAAUUUAUCAACAUUUCCUGUUAGUGAAACCAUCACUUAUAACUACAACCAAUUACUAGCCCUUAAAUUCCUACUUACUUCAACCAAAUACUGCCUUGAAUUGUGAACUCUUUGUUACCUUUCCAUUCCUAUUUAAAAUUAAUUUUAAAAUACUUGUGUUUUUGAGUUGAUUAUAUUGUUUAGCACAGUGCUGUUAGUCACCAGGGUAUACAAUUUAGCCUUCACCAUUUGAUCAUUUUAGCUAGUUGUCCAUUAAGGGUGCAAUUUGGGUGCAACUUGGAUGCACCUGACCUCUGCUUUCUCAAUAUGUAUCUGGGUACCAAAGGGAAUGAAUUCAGCGAAGGGUGUUGUUUGUUUCAAAUUGGUCAACCCAGCAUUAACUGUUGUGGAAAUGCUAAAUGCUCAUUACCGGACUAAGUGAACAAAAUUUGAUUUAAUUUUGAGAUCUUUCAAGCUCCACCUCCUCAUUAACUAAUUUUUAGUAUAAUUGCUUCAGUGAUUAUAGAGAUGUGUGCACUCUGGUUAGUGGAGGAUUACGUCAUAUCUCACCUUACUAGGUGAUCAUAGCAGGAGUGCUAAAAUUUCAUGAUGGCUGCCUGGCAUUUUAUCAGCUUUACUGAGAAUGUGAUGAGUGCGAUUAAAAAAAUUAAAUCUGAAGAGUACAAAAGAUGCUAUUAAAUUUGUACUAACAUCGUUUUGAAGAGAGAUAAGAAGUUUUUGCUGAUUAAAUUAAACAUACCUAUCAUAUAGUAGAAACUUGUUCUUAAUUUAUCUGGAACAAGUAAUCAAAAAAAAUGAAACAGAAUUUAAAAGCAAGUAAGCAAUUAUUCUAAAAAAAAUUAUUUGCCUCUGCUGAGGCUCAGUGAAUAAUGUUGAACAAUCCCCUUGACUUUGUUUCAGACCAGUUUUAAUACCAGUACUGAUUUGAUGGACAUUUGUUUUCUACAUGAAGGUCAUGUUUUUUUUUGUUUUUUUCUGACUUCUCUCUCUAAAACUAUGAUAUUUUAAAGGGAAAUGACUGCAGAUUUGGAAACAGUAAUUACACUGUGAAUCAGUGGCACCAUUUGAGCCCUAAUAGUACACAGUAUGUGUCAUGUGUGUGCGCUGUUAUCACGCAUUUGGGUGGGGGAACCAUUGUUUUUUUUCUUGAAUUCAAAACAUAACCAAUGUCUAAUUUUUUUUCUGGAAUUUUGUCAUAGUUUUAUUAAUUGGUGAAAGCACUUUGCAUCAUCCAUUAGUUCCAUCUGUAAUCAUACUCAUGAUAACAAAUCAGACUUCUGCUUUGUGGUCAUCUCAUUUUAAACAAAUAUUGGAUGAGGUUUUUGUGAUAACCAGAAUAAUCAAGGUCAAGGUAGGGGUUACCAGCUGAAGCUGAAGGCCUUGAUUAUUCUGGAUAUCACAACAAACAAAUCUAAUAAUUGUUUUAUUAUACACUGAACAAAAAAUAAAUGGUUUCAACAGGAAGUGAAACUGAUAGUUUAUUUCUAAAUGUGUAAAAAUAUACAAAUCACCAAGUAACACAAAGUGUGUGAACUUGACAUGAUUACCCAUAGAAAUCACGCACUGUGGUCUUAUGUAAAAUUACCUGUGAAUUAAGAUUACCCGUGACCUUGAGGGUCCUUGACAUGAUUAUUGUAUAAUCUGUUGCUAGAUGACUUCCCAGGUACUGAUUUCAAAAAUUCACUGUACGCUUUUGGCCAAUCACAAAAGGGAUAAUGAGUUAAAAGUAUAAUGGUGUGAAUAAUCACACAUAUGAUUUCAGACUUAAUUGGACUCCACUCAGUCCUAUUACCAUUAUUAAUCAUAACCAUAACAACUGCCUCAAACAUGAUUGGGGCAUAAGCUGCCUUAUUUUUUAUUAAUUAUUCUGCAGAGUCAUUAUCAGACACCUGUAAUUGGACAAUCAUACUAAGCCUACACAGCUUAAUCUAUCAAUCUCAAAACUGAUUACAAUAACCAUUGAUAGCAACAACCACUUAUCUUACAAAACUGGGUAAUUUUCAAAAUUGAGGAACUAUUUACUUCAGAUAAUUAUUGUCUCCACCACAAAUAUUUAAAUAAAUGUAUUUUUUUAAUUUAAAAAUUUGUAAUAAUUAUGAUUAAUUGUUCUUAGGACUUCUUGUCAUCCAGUUUGGUCUGUAAUCAUACCUGUGAUUGACAAAUCUGACUCCCACCACGCAGUCAUCAUUUGCUAAUUGUAAGAUAGAGGAAACUAUAGCUUAGAGAAAAGACUCUUGAAAAUGUUCCCUUGUUCUCUAUAUCACCUUUAAUGGGUCAGUGAUCCUCACUUACACGUGCAUGUUCUACAUGCAGCAGGCUUUUGUGAAACUUUCAUGAGUCCAAGUGGCUUUAUCUGAACAUUUAGUGCUCACUUUGUUAGACCUGUAUACACAUGUGAGUUAGCCAGGACUUACAUAAUUAUUUUUACUCAUGUCAUUAAUUAUUUAGUAAUUUAAUUACCCAAUUCAUCACAUCUAUACAUUUCCUAAUCAUUUUUAACUAUUUACAGAAAAGGAGGUGGCUAGUGGUGGAUAUUUACCAAACUGUGAAACAAUGAGAUAAAUAUCCACCCCUAGCCACCAACAUUGAGGCAAAUAUAAGUUGUUUUUAAUAAGUACACAUGUUAUACUGAAAAAGAGAGAGAAUUGAUAGCACAAAAAGAUGUGUUAACUCAUUUAUUCGUGCAACAAUGGCAAUAUUUUUGGGAGCAAAUCCCACUCACAUUUCUGGGAGGUGGAUGGCACAUUUGAGUGGCCAAUCAGAGUGCAGCUUCAAUGCCAUUCACUUUUUUAGUAUAUGCUAAUUAAUUACAUAAUUAUGUUCUAUUAUCAUGAGAAAUAAGGCACACCUGAUUUGGCUCCAAAUAAAACUGUUCAGCUCUUUAAGCCUUCAACAUCUUUGUUGAAAUCCUAGUCCACUGCCCCCCUCUUAAAGUGACUGCAAAAAAAAUUCCCAUGGAGAUCAGAGAAUUUAUUUUAAUAAUGAUGGGGGUUUGGCUUUCAAUUACUUUAAUUAAUUUAAUACUCAAGUGCUAAGUAAUGUUUACCAAAGAAUUACAGGGUGCAGGUAAGACAUUAGACACGCAUUCUUACUUUAUCAUAUUUUUAAACUUGCAAGUCCAGCCUCUCGUUUCACAUUUUGAUUUAUCACAUAACCAUCAUAAAGAGCACGCUCUGAUUGGUUAAUUCAGUGACUACUAUUUGCCCAUUGGUGUAUACUGCUCACAUGAGCAAAUGCUUCCGCGAGUUUGUUUUGCAUUAUCGCGAUAAGUUUCUUCAAUAAUGUGAUGAUUGAGAGUGCCUGGUGUUUCGCUGGAUCAAACAUGUCAACCUUUCCGUUUCCAGAGACUGUGGUACAUGGGGAGGUGAGGGGGGAUGAAACCUUUUUCAUGGUUUUUGUUAUGUUUCAAAUUAUUUUGAAAGUAUUUUGCCGUAAUGUUAUGUUCAAAUUAUAUGGCAAACUAUAUGGGUUUUAUUAGUGAUAUUUUUAAACUUAAUUGAGAUGACAUGUGUCUGUUUAUGCAUGAUAUUAGAUAUGCUUCUGUAAGGCGAAGAGGAGGGGGAUUCAAGGUUUUGGAUUCACAAAAAUUCAAAAUCCCUCCUUAUUUUUAUCACUUUGAAUUAAUUUUAAGUAUUUAAAUUAAACAAUUAUCUUAAUAUCCUAAAAUAGAUAAAUUUCGGAAUUUUGUGAUACUUUAUGCAUUAGAAGCAUGCACCGCCUAAAAUUUCACCUCAAAAAAUUUGACCUGCAAUGCAAUUUAAGCAAAGAUGACUCUUUUGUGAAUGAUUGUAGCAAUAAUGAAUUGCCUGUGUGAAGAUUUAAGGUAAAGAAAAUUUAUGUAGCUUUACAUGGGUAGAUCGAGACCACUUCUCUUUUUGAUUCACACAAAUAGAGGAAGUUAGUGAUGAGGGUGAGCGAGUUUUAAUUAUCCUCAUAAAAGUGGCUUAGAAAUUAUAAACAAAACGGAACAACACAAAACUUGUACAGGUGACGUACACAUUAACUAAUCUGACAUUUAAAUUCUUUUGAUUUUAGCUGUGAAAUCAGUUCAAGAGAAGAAACAGAUGUUUAAAGAAAUUGUUUUAACUGUGCAACCGUGUGUCACGGUUGAUGAGGAGGUACCUACUUCAAAAUAACAGUUCUUUCUUCAGCUUUGUAACGAAACUAAAGUAAUCAAUCUAUAUUUUACCCCUUAUAAGAUUGUUUUUGUUUUGUUGUAAUUAUAAUAACAAAAAAUUAUUGUAAAUGUUCAAGCUUUAUGCGGGCAACAAUUAAUGAGGAACUAUAUCUUCAUGUCAAUGAUCUCUUAAUUAUUUGUCUCGCCUAAAAUUUUAUUCUGAUUGAUUUACGUUGCAGUUUCAGUUGUUUUUUAAAGUAUUUGUAGCCGCUGUUUUAUCUUUACGUGGCUACUAGGUCUAUACCCUAAUUGGACGAUAAUAUUCGACCUUAUGGCUAUUCAUGAGAUUCUGACUCGUAGUCUUCUUGUUGAGAUUUUUAGUUAGGCAUCUUGUUACUGAUGCAGGUGUUUGAGCUGGUAUCUGCAGAGAUUUGCCUAGCAACCGUCGAAUUUCUUACCCGUCAGCAUACAGAAGUUGUCCUGAAGGAAAUUGCUGACAAAACUGGGAUCAAGUGGCUCCAUGUUAGUGACACUUUCAUGAUGUCAGGAACCCUGAAACAAGUGGAAAUGUCACGUGGGUAUCUUCAGCAAGCUAUAAGUCAAUAUGGUGGAAUAGCAGAAUACAACGAGAUGAAGAGGAAACUCUCAGAACCUCAGAAUUUAAGAAGUGGAGAGGCCGUGUGUUAUAAAGAAUACACUGAGGAGGAGGUUGGGAGAACCAAUGCCAUAAUGAAGGCAAAGAACACGUGGAAAAAAGACCCUCGUGACGAGGAAACAGACGCAACGCAAACUGAUCACAUGGCCCCACUAGCAACCGUUAAAAUUCAUGAUUUUGAGGUCGAUCCAAAGCUCAUAAAAGUAUUUGUGAUGGUGCACAAAGCUGAACUUAACGAUAUCGAGGUCGAAUACCACGUAGAGGUACCAAGAGAGGCGAAAGAAGGAAAAAUUACCCUUAACCCCGCGAACAAAUGUACAGGUGAAGGAUACGAGAAGGCGUGCGACCGGUUCAUCGAAAUGUAUCAGCAAAUAACUCAAGUUAUGAAGAUGGAGCGUUUCUCGCUAAGGAAUGACAAAAAUGUAACCAUUUCCCGAAAGAAGAUUCAUGAAAUGGGUAAGAAAUUUCCGGUGUUGGUGGAGGUAUGCAAGGAUAAAAAACACUGGGAAGUGUUCGGGAGGCAACAUGAUUUAGAAGAAGCCUUGCGAUAUCUUCAAAACGAGGAAGUAGAAAUAGAGAAGCAAUCCGAAAAGGGGAAGCCUCCUGGCGAUCUAAGGAAUGGCGGCGAAGGGGCAAAGGACGCCAAUCCAUCAGAGUUUGCCAAAGUCAGCCGAAUUAAAGAUGUACUGGAAGCCUACGUAGGUGAGUACUCAAGGCUAGAAAAGGAAUGCAAAAUUUACAUACUGUUGUGACUCGAUUUAGCACUCUUGUUCACUAAGUGCCUCUUUCUAAUAGCACCCUUACUGCGUAAGGACCCUCAUUCCAAUAAGCGCCCCCAAUUCUUUUUCAACGAUAGCACUGCUAGAAUAAAAUGUACAUUCCCUAUCUUAACCAUGUGAAUAUUUACUGUACAGUUUCUUCUACUGCUCAUCUUUAAAUAAACAUCAAAGCUUUGUUUCGCACAUUCUGCUGUUUCCCAGUAAAGAAAUAAGCGCCCUAUUUCCAACAAGCGCCCAGGGCGCUAAAUCGAAUUAUUACGGUAUUUUCUAUUUUGCUCUGCGUAUCCAUGCAAAGAGCACUAAUAGGAUGAGUGAAACAACCUACAUUCCGUACAUAAUCGCUCUGACGAAGGGCUAACGCUCGAAACGUCAGCUUUUUACCCUUUACGGUGGCUAAUUUACGUUUUCAACCCAGUUGUUAACACUAAAUUACCUGUUACAUUCCGUACAUGUGUGCUCAUUUUCACUCAAAACAUUUAUUCAAAAGACUCUUUACUAGUUGCUUGCUUUGUCAGCUUCUAGAGGUGAUUUCAAGUAGGGUUGUUUUGAAAAUUAGUUUUCAGUUGAUAUUGCAUGAGAGAGAAAAAAUAGUAACCUAGCAUACAUUUUUUCUUUGUGGCUUUAUAGGGAGGGUCAAAGUUUCAGUCUCUCGAGGAGACCUUACCACUGAAAAGGUUGAUGCUAUUGUUAACGCCGCCAAUGAAACUCUUCGACACGAUGGGGGUCUCGCUAAGGCCAUUCUUGACAAAGGUGGAAAAUUAAUUAGCCAAGAAUCGAACAAGAUUAUUAAGAAGCGUAGAUCUUUGAAGGAAGGUCAAGCAGUGUCAACUAAAUCAGGAGAUUUACCGUGUAAGUUGGUCGUUCAUGCCGUAGGGCCAGAGUAUCGAAGAAUAGGAUUAACCCAGAGUAAAGAAGUUCUCCGCCGAGCCUGUUUUAACAGUUUGAGAAUCGCACAAGAAGAGAAAUUGACCUCCAUUGCUUUACCAGCGAUCGGAUCUGGCAUUUAUGGCAUGCCCAAGGACGCCUGUGCUGAGGUGAUGUUUGAUGUCGUGGACGAAUUUAUUCGACAAGGAGAUCCUAAGAAGAAAACAAUCACUGACGUUAGAUUCGUGAACAUAGAUGAUGCCUCCUUUCAAGCAUUCAGGAAAGAGUUCAUCUCUCGAUAUGGCCACACGGGAGACGACGUACAUGGAUCUUUCCACUCGAGUCCAACUGGUGCCGAAGGUACUGAUUCAUACACGCAAACGUCUAGACGAAAUCGUGGCAGAAACAAGGACAAGAGUUCCGAGGCUAAUGGUGCAUUAGCAAAGUCUAGAGAUGUAUCUGGAAGCCGUAAUUUCGAAACCAAUUUUCAUCACCCGCUGGAUGCCACGGCUUCUGGUGGUUCAUCGCUUCCAAACCUUUCUUACAGUGGCGCUGUUAAGAAAUCUACAGAUUUUAAUUCUGAAGAAAAGAAGAUGGGGUUUUCCCUUCCCCCUGGGGAAAAUAAAGCUCAGACGGACGAUAAAGAAGAUGGUAAGAAAGGCAAAGCGGGUAGGCUGAGUGGAGCUGAAUGUUGUAUAAAAGAUAUAUUAAGAUAGAAUCACUGACUAAGGAAUAGUAAGGUUGUUUGUCAAAACGUGUCUUCUCAGCAGAAUCUUGCCAGUUGUACCCAAAUGUGGUAGGAUAUAAACCAGAGAGAUAAACACAGUGAUGCUAUUAGUCUAACUGAAUUGCAAUGUAUGAGUUUUUCAUUAAGAACUAACGCAACAUGAAAAUUUAACUUUAAAGGUCUUUGUGUGUUAAGGUGUGGAAACGAGAGGACCUUUAGUAUUCCCAGACAAAUCUAAAAGCAUUUCUCGUUUAUCUGCGCUAUUAGAUCCCUGUCCCAUCUGUCUUGAUACUUUAACGAAACCACGGAAAUUGAAGUGCAGACACACCUUCUGUUCGGACUGCCUUAAACAAGCUUUGAAUGCAAGCAAUAAAUGCCCAGUGUGCCAAGAACCGCAAGGUGUCCUUCAAGGAAACCAGCCCCCUGGAGAGAUGCGAUAUCGUGUUGAUCGUUUCAGUGUUCCAGGAUAUGAAGGUAAAUAAACAACCACACCUCACCACUUGCUUUUAAGAUAGCUGAAUAUCGCACUUUUUGAAGCAUAAUUGUUUGGCUCAGUGCUCAGUGGCAGCGUGAAAAAAGUGAACUAUGAAGAACUACAAAUAUGAGGUAUCUAGUCCUAAAUAUUGUGAUGCAAAGUAUUGUUUUAAUCUAGAGAUGUGAAUAAGAUGACUACGUUAAAUAUACUAACAAACUAUUGGGGUAAUGAUUUAAUGACUAUGAUACUCAGUUCCCUUUUUACGUAUGUAUUUGUAUGAGAAUGGCUCAGUUUUAAAUCGACGAUAAUUUCGACAUCUCUCGAAUGAGACAUUAUUGAGGUUUAUGGCGAUGGUAAAUCGCUAAAUUUAACUCUGAUUUUACUAAUAUCAAUGCCGUAGAAAGAUAGCUGAAAUCCUCUGAUUUGAAGGUAAUGGAAAUUUGCUUAUAAAUCUCUUGAUAGAAAACUUCAGAGCAAUGAGAUGGAUUCAUAAACCAAAGCUGACAGACCACGAAUAAAUUUUUUUCAGUAGAUGAAUCAGUCGAAUAUUGUAAAUCGAGAAUAAAUACGGCUAAAAGUAACCGGUAACAAGUUCAAUUUAUAUCGUUUGCCGUGUGCCUUGAACAUCUUGCUCAGCCUCUCAUCAGUGUCUCGGGAGAGGGAGUAAUAGCUGAAGGAACUGGUAUUUAACAAAAUCUUUUUCAGUUUUAAGUCGAUAAUGUUUCUGGUAUAUUACUCCCUAAAGAUAAAUCCCUGGGUUACGAAUAAUUUCCGUUAACAUUUCUAUUUUUUUGCGUUUGCAGAUAGUACAAUUGUCUCGUUUACGAAAACAACAAAUUUAACAAACUUAUCUUUCGCUUUGAAGGUCGCGGCACGAUAGUCAUUGAUUACCACUUUCAGUCAGGAAUUCAAGGUAAGGAACAUCCUCACCCCGGAAAGUGGUAUGAAGGCACGAAUCGCCAGGCAUAUCUUCCCGACACGCGUGAAGGAAGAGAGGUGUUACAGCUUCUGAGGAGAGCCUUUGAUGCUCGCUUGGUGUUUACCAUUGGUACGUCAAAUACUACAGGCCUUCCAAACCAAAUAACUUGGAAUGAUAUUCAUCACAAGACCAACUUAAGUGGAGGAACUUUUGAGUAAGUAGAAGGAAAACUUAAUUAAUAAUCCAUUGAUAAUUGAAUUAGGAAAGAGGAAGUUAAAUGUUUUCCCUUAAAUUUGUCUAUUUCCCUGUUUUCAUAUUGAUCUCUGAAUGCUUUUGAUGUCUUGAUUAUUGUACUUUUUAGCUACGGUGAUUUUUUCCAGACAGUGCCAGGAAUCACUUCCUACGGAUAUACACCCGCACCCAUACACUGAGAUAUCAGAUCAAUCCUAAGUUAAAAAAAAUUCUCAUGUUUGAUCCUUUUUUUAUGGACUCCUCUACUGAGAAAUUAGAAAACGCGUGUUUCGAAAGUACGUGAGGUUUUCUGGCAUCAUCGGUCAUUCAUAUGACGUAAGACCACAUGCUUCCUUGAGAACUGUUAAUGAGCACAAGGUGUGGUAACCAAACUUAAUGAUAUUUCGAAUAAAGUGGCCGACGUUUCUUUUGAUCUUUUAAAUUAAAUGACUGCAUGGUAUUAGUCAAGAGAUUAUCUUUUGUAAUGGUUUAUCUUCGCAAAAUUAUUCGAAUUUUACCUAACUUUUGGAGUGUUGCUAUUAUACUUUUGACCUAAAAACAACGAAUUUGGGGAGAAGAAAAUGUAGAAAUUACUCAAAAGUGAAAAUUAGGCUGUUUCUUAUUUGCACUCGUAAUUAAAGUUUUCAAUUUUUUUAUUUGAAGGUUUGGAUAUCCCGACCCCGAUUACCUGAGGAGAGUCAAAGAGGAGUUGGCUGCUAAGGGAAUCCGCUGACUAAAGCAUUGAAAUUGAUUCCUUAUUGUUAAACUGUGUUUCACUGAAUUGAAAACCAAAAACGAGACUGUAGAAUUAAGUACACAAGUAACAUCCAAAUUUACGUUUUUUGUCGUUUUCAUUGUAGUUGUGAGUACAAUCAAUAGAUUUGAGAACUUAUGAUAGGGUAAGAUAGAUUACGCUCGUAAAUUCGAGCGUUAUAGUUUCGAUCGUAACCCCUGAAACAUGGCAUUAUGUCCAGAAUUAUGUUCACGGUUUUGAGUUAAUUUCUAUUAAUUGCUCAUAUGUAUUAAGAGCGUUUAAGAGCCGUUCCCUUCCUCUCCUUUCCUGCCACCGCGAAGUAAAACUUAUAAGGGAUCAAAGGCUUUGCACUUUAAAACGAAUUGGGCAGUGCAUUUUCGCGAAGCCAUUAGAUAUAGAGUGUUUAUUGAUUUUUCUAGAUGUAAUCAAUUACUAUCCGUGUGAAUUGUGGUUUAUUAUAUCUCUCAGUUAGUGAGUACAAGUGCUAUUGUCAUGUCUCAUUACAUAUAGGUACGGUUGCGAAUGCACGUUAGGCCUUUUGCCAAUUGCUUGACUCCAUAUUGAAAUUAAACUUGUUGUGUUAUUGAACUGUACUCUUCAGUUUCGACUACUCGAAACCCUUGAACAGUCAAUUAGGCGGACAGUGUUUCACUUUACGGCUCACUAAUUCAAUAGUUUGAGUGAGUCAAAAUCUUGCUCCUCUAUUUGAAAGAAAAAACUGGGUCCAUAACUUAAAGCACGGCCUCGAACUCGUGUAAUAACAGGUAAAUAUAUAUUCUUACGGUGUAGCUUUGGCCAUGAAAAGAUAUAAUUCUUGAGAAUUUUAUAAGUCGAAAAUUGCUUAAAACUUUUUCAUCCUCCCCUUGCGCUUGCCUUAUCCCUUGUAACUUUUUUCAUAAUGCAUAGAUUAUCAUACAGUGCUCGAUACUAACGAAGCGAAUAAUUGGAGGAAGUUUUGAUGCGCAUCAAAAUUUACUAUGUGAGAAGGAGACUGAUGGAGUCAUGGAGAACUGUAAUUGAAGUUGCAACUUAGUGCCUAACUGAGCCGUGCCGAAG